AUGGGCUAUUCGGAGUACUCGAUGAUCAAUGUGCCAAACGGAUGGAAGAGAUUAUUGGCAAACUCCCAGAACCAGACGUCGAUUCUGGAUACCACCAUCAACAAUAUGAGGAGGACGACGAUCGAAACUCAGAAGAGGAUGCAGGACCUAGAAGCCAGUGUAGCCAGAAUCAAGCGUCCCGACAUCAGGCUUGUGUUGGUACCACAGCAAAUUUGGCAACGCCACCAAGAAAUGUCGCCAACCGUGCUCGUUUUCCUCCGAACCAAAAAACUAAAACAGUCUUCGGAUUCGGCGGACAAAUUCGAAGAAAACCACAACACAAUUGCCCGCCUCGCCAUCAACGACAAUUACUCCAAAACUCAAUUUCUCAUCGACACCGGCGCCGACAUUUCAGUGAUGCCACCCUGCAGAAUCGCAAAAACUAUGCUCACUCCAAAGCUUCUUUUCGCCGCCAAUGGUACGAAGAUACAAACCUAUGGAGAAAAACGCAUAACAGUGUCGCUGGGAUUGGGACGAAACUUCGUUUGGACCUUCGUAUUAGCUGACGUCAACUGCGCUAUCAUUGGAGCUGAUUUCCUUCAACAUUUCGACUUACUCGUCGAUAUGAAACGACGCAAACUCAUCGAUCGAGCUACGCUGCACGAAUCAACAUGUCACGCGCCUCAACGUAAAAUCAACGCGAUUUUAUCCUACGACACGAGCAACCAAUACGCUAGGUUGCUUCACGAAUACCGCGAUCUCGCAACGAUCAACUCGAACCGGCUGCCAGCAGAGUCCGAAGUAACGCACUUCAUCUCGACCAGCGGCCCGCCUACUCACGCCCGCGCCCGACGACUAGCGCCCGACAAACUCAAAGCCGCACAACUGAGUUCUCCUACCUCAUCGAAAAAGGAAUAUGUCGCCCCUCAAAAAGCCACUGGUCCAGUCCAUUACACCUGGUAA